CUGCUCCAUAACCGGCUUCAGGCAUCAAAGUGUUGGGUGCAUCCGCCAUGCCCGGCGCAGCCGAGUACGCGCAAUUGGUGUUCUGGCUCGGCUGUGGCCCGGCGUCGAAGUUGGUGGCGGACCUGAGGUCCCGCCGGCCUGUGAGCAGCCCUCCGGCGGAAGCUCCUGAAGCUCCGACAUCGUCCAAAACUCCCAAGGAGUACAUCCUCUACUUCGACGUGUGGCGAACGCUCUGCGUGGCGCUGGUGGUCAUCACCCACUCCAACGAAGAAUAUGCUGAGUGGAAUGUCUUUGCAGUGCAGCAGUGGGUGCUUCCCUUCCUGGUGAUCAUCUCUGGCACUUUGUGUGCUGUCAGCAAGAAGGGCUUAGUUGACUACAUGAGCCGACUUCUGCUCUUUACCUCUGCGGGGAGCUGCUUGAACCUGAUCUGCACGCUGAUCCGCGGCCAACCGAACUGGUACGACAACGCCUGCUUGAACCUGUUUUUCCAGCUUGGCUUCACCUUCAAUCUGGCUGUGAAUGGCCUCAUCAUCAAUCCGUUUCGAUGGCAGCUCGAGCAGCCUCCAGAGGCGCGGCGCCGAGCUGCCCUGAUGACCACAGGUCUUUAUGGAGGUCUUUGCCUUGUGCUUGGCCUUCUGAUGGCUGUGCUGUACGACUCCAAUCCGCAGUUUGUUCAUGAUGUCGGCGUGCCCAGCUUCGACAUCGCUUUGCAUCUCUUGCUUUUGUGCGCUUUGGCAGAGCUUUUGCCAGAGACCCAGAAGGGAUUGCUGGGCCACUGCUCCUGGAUCUUCCUCUACUCCACCCGUGUUCUCCUGCGCCAGCCUCGGCCCGCCGGGCCUGAGCUGCAUCUCGCGGAGCUGUUUCUUUGGGCCUACUGCGUGAAGUUGGUGCCCAUGUCCGGCCAGGAGUGCAUUGGCAGGUUCUUCGUGAACUAUUGGCCUUUUGCUUUCAUCGCCGCCGGGCUGCUGCUCCACCCGGGGGUGAAGCAGCGCGUGGACCAAGACCCUUGGAGCAGCGCCUUCCUGCGGAGCCGGCACUACUUGUCGGAGCUGAUCGCUUGUAUGGCCUUCUUAACGAUUCCCGCUGCCAAAGAUGUGAAGACCAUGGUCUUCCCGCAGAGCUGGCGGAGGCACAUGGUCUGGCUCAACUACUGGUCCCUGGGCGCCUUUCUGAGUCACAAGGCCUUCUUCUACCUGGUGGACGGAAUUUGGCCCUGGUACCUGAUGGUGGCAGCCGUCUACGCCAGCGCUCUGCCUUGCUUCCUCAUCUUCCGACCCAGGGAAUCGCCGGUCGAGGCCAACGGCUCCGCCUCGAGGAGCGUGGAGCUGGUGGAGGGAGGCUCGAUGGUAUCAACUUCCUCCAGCACGCGGGAUGAGUCUACUUGACAGAGAAGAUGUCGAAGGAAUUGCCCAAUCUGGAUUUCAAAGUGGUCAGCUUUUGCAGAGUCUGGCAGGUAUGCUCCAGUCACUGCAGUUGACUUAAAC